AUGAGCGAAGAGAUCCCCAGACACAUCCAGCGUGCCAUGGAUUCGAUUGGGACUGUGGGGAACAUCCCCAGAAUUCAAAAGUGGCUUCAGAUUGCUCACGGAUGCCGCGAAUGGGCAUCCAUUAUGCGGACGUACAUGGUGGUGUGUGCCACGAUGCGGCCCAUCUCAAACACCCUCGAGCUUAACACUAUCAACUUUGCUCGCAUCAUGCAGCGUGCAGAUCGUGCUGGCACUGGCAUCUUACGCCUCGCCCUCAAGUACGAAGAAAAAGCGGCCGAAUCGGCCAAUGCGUACCUGUCCACGGCAAGCAUCUUUCAAGACUGGGGCAUGCACUGCCUUUUCGGACAGUCCAUUGGCCCCAAUGGUCAGGGCAGCCGAGCGCGUUGUGUAUACCGGCCUCACCUCCAAAGGCAGAUCGCCCUCUUGCGUCAAACUGUGGUCUUGAGCAACAGGCCGAUGUCUCAGAACUCGGAUGCGCGCCCCAGUUCGAUUGAGUGCGCCACGAGGCUGAAUCGAGCGGCUAUCGAAUUGGGGUAUGUCCUUGAAGACCUGCGGAUUCAGAUCCGCGCGCUGUGCUUUUCCAAUGUCACACCGACAGUGAGCUUACACUGA